UAUCUGGCAAACACUGGGAUGAGCUUGGAUGAAAUGAACUCCGAGAAGAAAAAAGCAAUUGAUUUUGCAAGUACUCCAGAGAUGAAGAAAAUAUUAACAAGUGCUAAAAAAAGACGUCUCUCAAUAAUGACUAAGGUCGGCAUUCUUGAUGCCAUAACUUGGAUAAGUAGAAUUAGAAGUGAUAUAACAGAGGAGCAGCGUAACACUUGGUUGAUAAUUGCAACUCUUGUUGCAACUAUAACCUAUGAAUCAGCAUUGAGUCCUCCAGGUGGAGUUUUCCAGGUAAGUGCAACUGAUGACCACAAUAUGAAAAUCAAGUCUGCAGAUAUGUAUUAUUCUACCCGAGGAAAUGCUGGAAAAUCGAUCUUGUCAAAAACUAGUUUCAUGGGUUUUUCAUUAGCGAAUAUGCUUUCCUUUUCUUUAUCAAUUAUAGCAAUAGUAAUUAUGACCCCAGGGGGAGUACUAAGGCCCCUCGUGUUAGCUCCGGUCACUUUUUUUACUCUUUGCUAUCUAAUUGCUAUGCCAGCAAUAUCUCCUACUCAUACCAACACUAUUAUUCUCAGCAUCCCUAUGUAUUCAAUUUUUUUAUUGGCGGGUUUUAUGUUUUAUUUCUUUGGGGACCUUAUUAUUAUAAAAAAGAGAAUAAUCUCUUGUUACAAAUGCAUGAGAGCAACUCAAAGUCAAACCUGCAUGAGAGCAACUCAAAGUCAAACCUCUAUAACCCGUGUUUAGACAAUAUAAUUUCAUUGUCUAUUUGAAGUUUCCAAUAUAUUAUUUGGUUCAAUAUUAGCAAAUUAUGAAUAAA